AUGGCGACCCUGCAGAGCCCGUCGAUUUUGCUCCAGCCUAUUGACAAGUGGACUCCAAAUCAUCUCAACUUUCUACAGGUGGACGACGGCCAACCUUUCAUAUUCCUGAGUGAUAUCACAGUAGAAACCGAUCAAGCCGACAAUGAAUUCCUAGAAUGCCUUUUGAUCCCCACUCAAGAUGUGCUCAACUUCCUCCACUGCCGUUCCAGAAAUCGAACAAAUCCUUUCCGUCGGGUUUUCAGCCAUCUCCAUCGAGUUCUCGAAGUCGCGGACGAUCCUCCCGUACAGAUCGGUCUUAUUGAGUCUCUUGUGGACGUGCUGUUGAGUUUCAGCCCCAGGCGGACUGGACUAGUCACAAAAAGGGCCGAACCUCUGAAAAUUGGAGGCCUACGAAUUAAGUGCGAUGGACUUUUCAUACAAGACCAGUGGACUCUCGUCCCGGUCGCGACAUUCUUGGCUUUAAGGGGGUCUGAUGACGACAAGAUUCGUGAAAUUCAACAAAUCCUUGCCCAAGCAAUUCUUGCGUUCACUCAACGACCCGAAAUGGAUGACUUUAUCAGCUUUGUGGUGUGCUCGACCGGAGCGGCGUUGCACUUGGCUAGUGCCCGCAUCACCCGAGGCUACAUCGAAUCUCUUCGCAAACAUCAACGACCGAGCCUACGUUUACAAGUCUGUCGCUCCACAAUCUACGAUCUGAAGAUUCCGGAUGGUAGGAAGGACGUAGCGAUGCUUCUGCUGAGGAUGCUGAAAUACUUGGACGAGAGAAAACUGCCAUAA